GCUUUGUUCCUCAUUUUGAUUAGGCAAAUUUCUGAAAAUGGGUUUUGUUUGGUUGUGGAUAAAACACAAGGAUGAAGCAAGAGGGACGAAGUUUCUGGUUUUGAAUGGCCUGGUACUAUAAAACUCUGCUUUGUGGGGACGACUCAGGCUUUGUCUCUCGCACAUGCAUUCCUCAACUUCGAGGCUUCGAGGUUGUGAAACGUUGAUGGAAAACAAAUUUGCCUUCACUAUCUCCAAGAGAGAAACAGUACGUAGGUUUUCUCGCUGAGAUUACCAAAAUUAAUAUCACCCACUUCAGGUAUGAUCUCUGUGAAGAGGAAGAAGCUUUAAAGAGACGAAUGCAAGUUCACUCCUUUAAUCUUCCCAUUCUGAAAGUCUUCAACUUUUUGCUUGUGAUUGUGAAGCUCUGUUUCAAGCAUUCUCACAGCUUUUGCAGAGAAUGAUCAUGGAGCAAGAACACAAUCCACAGCAAAGCUCCGCCAAUCUUUGUUCAUGUUUAGGUUCAUUAGUACUCUCAACUAUUCUGGUUUUGUUCCUUCUUUUUUCUCUCUUCCUUUUCUUCCCACUUUCUGAAUCUUCUUGGCCUGUUCUUCUCACUGUGCCUAUGGUUGUCUAUCAACACUUUUUCUUCUUGUCACAAUGAGAAAGAAAAAAGGGUCUGAAGAUGAAAGUCUUGUUCAGGAGAAGAUGCAGAAAGAGGAGUUAUUACACGCAGAAAUUGCUCUGAUCAAUGAGCAAGAAGCUGAAUCCCAGUCAGAUUCAUCUUUCCCAUCUGAUAGUGAAAGUAGCAGUGGCUCAGACAUGGAUGAACAGUUUGAGCUAAAUGCUAAGAAUCCAUCACUCUCAUCAGAUGGUGAAACUGAAAGCAUCAAUGACUCGGACAUUGGUGAAAGUUUUGAACUUGAUCAGAGUAGUACUAGAGUUCUGGGAAUCUAUGAAAGUUUAGCAUCUGACAAUGAUGAUGAAGAUGAAGAAGAAGAUAGUUUGAUUGAAAUCAACCUUCCGAGCAGCCAUUUCUCUGGCAUAAGUAAAGAACAUGAGCAGAGAUUGGAAUCAAAGUUGCCAGAUUUUCUACCAGAAGCCAUGUUCAAGCAGGAAGUUCUGAUGGAGCUGUUGGCAGAGAUUAAUGAGAUGAAUGAGGAUGAAAAUUUGAUAGAGAUUGAUAUUUCCAUGGGAUCAUCCAGCACAACCACACGUCAAGAUUUGAGAUUGAAGCAGCAAAUUCCAUCCUCAGAAGAUUGGUAUAGUACUCAUACUGAUUGAUGAUUUCUUUACUUUUUCAAUCUUUAGCUUCCAUUUUCAUGUUCAGGUUUUAGUUUUUUUCUAAUGUCAUGUAAAAUUUUGUGCUUUCUAUCUUCACAAUAACUACAUUAUCUUCUACUUGUUGAAACUGAUACCAUUUCU